AUGGCGGACGGGGACGCUGCGCUGCUCCGGCCGCGCGGCCCCAGCCCCGCCGGCCCCGGCUGCGACAGCGCCGAGCCCGCGGCCAAGCGGCACCGCCGCGCAUCGGGCACCGCCUCGGCCGCGCCGCGCCCCGACCGCGCCGACGAGCCGUCGCCCGCGCCCGCCGCCGUGCCGACCGAGCCGCCGGGCGAGGCGGCGGCCGCGGCGGCCGAUGGCGGCCGGGCGGAGCAGGAGGACGGCGGAGCGGCGGCGCCGAGCGGCGCGGAGAGCGGGGCCUGCCCGCGGGGCCUGCCCCUAGCGGAGCCGCCUCCGCGGCGGGAACGGGGGGAGGGCGCGGAGGCGGCGCCCGGCGAAGACGCGGCGGAGGCGGCCCCGGGCUGCGGGCGGGCGCAGUGUUCGAACGGGGCGGCCGCGGCGUCGGCCCCGCAUCCCGAUAACUUCCUCCUCAGCGAUGAAAUCAUAGCCAACGGCUUUCACUCCUGCGACAGUGAUGAAGACGACAGAGCCUCACAUGCAAGUUCUAGUGACUGGACCCCAAGACCACGUAUAGGUCCCUACACUUUUGUUCAGCAGCACCUCAUGUUGGGUACAGACCCACGGACGAUUCUGCAGGACCUGCUACCAGAAACGAUCCCCCCGCCCGAACUGGAUGAUAUGACUCUGUGGCAAAUUGUGAUAAACAUCCUUUCAGAGCCACCAAAAAGGAAAAAAAGGAAAGAUAUUAAUACCAUUGAUGAUGCUGUGAAACUUUUACAAGAAUGCAAAAAGAUAAUGGUCUUGACUGGAGCUGGGGUGUCUGUGUCUUGUGGAAUACCUGACUUUAGAUCCAGAGAUGGCAUCUAUGCACGCCUUGCUGUAGACUUCCCAGACCUUCCAGAUCCUCAAGCCAUGUUUGAUAUAGAAUACUUCAGAAAGGAUCCCAGACCAUUCUUUAAGUUCUCAAAGGAAAUCUAUCCGGGACAGUUCCAGCCGUCUCUCUGUCACAAGUUCAUAGCUUUGAUGGAUAAAGAAGGAAAACUACUUCGCAACUAUACUCAGAACAUAGACACACUGGAACAGGUUGCAGGAAUCCAAAGGAUAAUACAGUGUCAUGGUUCCUUUGCAACAGCUUCCUGCCUGAUCUGUAAAUACAAAGUUGAUUGCGAAGUUGUUCGAGGAGAUAUUUUCAAUCAGGUUGUACCCCGCUGUCCCAGGUGCCCCCCCGACGAACCGCUCGCUAUCAUGAAGCCCGACAUCGUGUUCUUCGGGGAGAACUUACCCGAGCAGUUCCACCGUGCCAUGAAGUACGACAAAAACGAAGUUGAUCUCCUUAUUGUCAUUGGGUCUUCGCUGAAAGUGAGACCAGUAGCAUUGAUUCCAAGUUCCAUCCCCCAUGAAGUGCCUCAGAUCUUAAUUAAUAGGGAACCUUUGCCUCAUCUACACUUCGACGUGGAGCUUCUUGGAGACUGUGACGUUAUCAUAAACGAAUUAUGUCAAAGGCUGGGUAGUGAAUACACAAAACUUUGCUACAACUCAGUAAAACUUUCAGAAAUAACAGAAAAGCCUCCACGACCGCACAAGGAGCUCGAAGUGCUCUCAGCAGAGCUACCCCCUACCCCUCUGAACAUUUCCGAAGGCUCCAGCUCGCCAGGAAGGAUGACUCCACCAGAUACUGCAGUGGUGUCUUCAGAACACCCACCUGAAUGUAAGGUAGAAAACUGUGAGCCUGCCUCAGAAACUAAAGGGACCUGCUCAGAGGAGAAGCUUCAGGACACACAGACGUCGGCAGAAAACCCUGAAAAUCCUGCUAGCGAGCAAAUGAACUCUGACACAAUGAAGGAAAACGGAUCUAACAGCGGAGAAAAUAAGGAAAAGAAUGAAAUACUGAAGAAGUGUUGGGUAAACAGAUCUGCAAAAGAACAGAUUAGCAAAAGGCUGGAUGGUACUCAGUAUCUGUUUCUAGCACCCAACCGCUACAUUUUCCACGGUGCUGAGGUUUACUCGGAUUCCGAGGACGACAUCAUAUCUUCCAGCUCUUGUGGGAGCAGCAGUGAGAGCGGCUCGUGUCACAGUCAGAGCCUGGAUGUGGAGGACGAGAGUGAGAUCGAGGAGUUUUAUAAUGGCAUCGAGGAUGAGGAUGCUCCCGACAGGGAAGAGGAACCUGGAUUUGGGGAAGAUGGAGCCGAGCAAGAGGAAUCGGCAGCUGAUGGAUCAGCCUAUACAAAUGAAGCUGCAGGGACUGAACAUCCAAGCAACGUGUUGUAAAGUGAUGGUUGACUGGUUACAGGAACUUUCCACCAGCAUUAGGAGCUUUGGCAUGUCAGAAUGAAUGUUUACGUCUGAAUUUAGAGCAACAGAACCAUAAGGAUGUAGUGUUUAUAAAUAACUAAAACAGAUUUUCAUGCUUAGUUUUUUACCUUUUUCAAUAAAAAUCUAUUACUGCACACUCAACACUAACUCAUCUUUUUUUUAAGGUACCAGGAUUAUCUAAACUGUCACUGUUCACGUUUAAGUUCAUCUGUCUGAUCAGGCAUCCAUGUAUAUAAUACAUAUAUUUGCUUAAUAAAUUUCAGCUUAUAUUAUUUUUAAACCGUUUUGAAAAAGCCAUUGGAAUGUUAAACUAAUAUAAAGGGAACAGCUAAUUUAGACCAAAGAAUGGUAUUUUCACACCUCUUGCUUUGUAACACUUUUUGGUUUAUUUAAAACCUUCUUAUGCUUCUGCUAAACCUUUCAUUCACGCCUAGUCUGUCAUUAAACACUGGCAUUUUCUAAGACCUACUGUGGCAGCUAAUGUUUUUUUCUUUUACAAUUACUUUGUAUGUUUGAGACAUGAAAUGCGAGCAGAUAGUGAAAUGGAAACAGGGCAGGGAGUACUUGAGGAAUCCAGUGAUUUUCAGACAGAUCAAGCAAGAAGUGCUGUGAAAAUGCUUUGUUGUCGAAUUGAAUUCUUCCUGUGGACAGCGGCGAUGUUGACACUGGCUCCUCAGCAAUUAGAACCUGGCAUUUAAACAAAAAGGAUCCCCCACAGCAAGAGUGUGUCACGCUGGGUACAGCAGUCACAUCUAGGGUAGUUUGCAUUAUAAAUAGCAUUUGAUACAUUGCCAAGGCUCUAAUGUGGAAGCAGAGUGCACAACAGCGUUUCUACCAGCAUGUGAGAAGGCGCAGAAAAUUAAGCUCUUCCUUUGUACUUGAUGCAACAAAACCAGGAGAAACUGCCUCAGCUACCCAUAGCCUCCAUUUACGCUGCCAAGUGGCUCAACGUGGAUUAACAACCUGCUGGUUUGAGGUUUCAGGCUGGGAAAGUCAUUUCCCAGCUGCUGUAGCUCCACCUUGCAUAUGAAAAGCAAAGCGGCUUCUCCCAUUCUGAUGUCUCAAGUGCUAGGCUGCCUUAAAACUGGAUGUUGCAAAUGUUCAUGUGCUGAUUGUUUCUAAGCCUUUAGAGCUAUUUUGUAAAGUUGCACAGUGCAGUAGUAAAUGAAACAGGAUUUUUCUAUAAACCACUUUUUCAACAUUGGCCCGAAUGAACUCUACAAUGUAGAUUAUUCAUAUACUUUGCUUUAAUAUUUAUUAUAUUUUGGAAGAUGUAUAGUAGCUGUUCUUGGAACAUAAGAUACAUCAGUUAAUAAGUAUUUAAGAACAGCCUCCUGUAUUCAUCAGGAAAUGCUGGCAUGUUGUCUCAUUGUCCAAAUUUAAUACAGCUCUUAUUUGGCUACACUAAAGAAUGCAAUAUGUUUAGUUUUCACUUGCAUGUCACAACGUAUUAGUUUGUGCUAUAGGAGAUAUUUUAAAUUGAAAUACUUUGUUUUAAAUUAUUUUUACAGUGAGGAUUGUUUUCUGCUCUUUUAUAUUGUAUAUAGUGUCUUUUAUGUAAUCUACUGGCAUAUGUUUUGUAGAAGACUGUUUAAAAUGACUGGCUAUCUUCCUGCAACUUUUGGAAAUACAAAACCAGUGUUUUAUACUUGUACACUCUGUUCUAAAGUCUAUUAAAACUGUCAUUUGA